AUGGAUAACGCCUUAGAUGCGUCUUUAUCCAACCACACGCGUGUCUCCGAUAACUUCACCGACGACUGGAUAUCCGAUGGAAGGGAAACAUUUAACUUCGUUAUUCGCUGCGUCAUUCCAUCAGUUUAUAUACUUAUAAUAACAGUUGGUUUACUGGGCAACAUCACUCUCGUAAAGAUUUUUAUCACUAACAGCGCAAUGCGAAGUGUGCCAAACAUUUUCAUCUCUAGUUUGGCUGUAGGAGACCUUUUGCUUUUGGUCACUUGUGUGCCUGUGGACGCAGUCCGGUAUUUCUACGAGGAAUGGAUGUUUGGUACCGUAGCUUGUAAGCUCAUACCGGUCAUCCAGCUCACCUCGGUCGGGGUCUCCGUCUUCACGCUCACGGCGCUAAGCGCCGACAGGCACAAAGCCAUUGUGAAUCCCAUGGACAUCCAGUCCUCCAGUGCUGUGUUAUGGACCUGCUUGAAGGCAAUCUCUAUCUGGGUGGUGUCCAUGCUCCUGGCAGUACCUGAAGCCAUCUUCUCCCAGGUGGUCCACAUGUCCGAUGGGAACAUAACCUUCACAGCCUGUGUGCCGUAUCCCCUGUCCAACGAGCUGCAUCCUAGAAUCCACUCAGUCCUGAUCUUUCUGGUCUAUUUCCUCAUUCCCCUGAGCAUCAUCUCUGUCUACUACUACCACAUCGCCCGGACACUGAUCAAGAGUGCUCAUGACAUGCCUGGUGAGGUCAGCGAGCACUCAAAACGCCAGAUGGAGACCCGGAAGCGUCUGGCCAAGAUCGUGCUGGUGUUCGUGGGCCUAUUUGCGCUGUGCUGGUUCCCCAACCACCUGCUCUACAUGUACCGGUCCUUCCACUACCGGCAGGUGGACUCCUCGCUCUCACACCUGGUCGUCACCCUGCUGGCGCGUGUGCUGAGCUUCUCCAGCUCCUGUGUGAACCCCUUUGCCCUCUACCUGCUGAGCGAGAGCUUCCGCCGCCACUUCCACAGCCAGCUGACGUGCCAGGGACACCAGCGGCAGGAGCGCGGCUCCAGCUACCUGCAGAGCACCUCCGCCAUUCGCAUGACCUCCAUAAAGAAGAGCAACCCCGGCCUCGCCAAUGGCCCCGCCCAACCUGGCCCCAUCAAUAAGCUUGCAGUGCGUAUCUAGUGUCAGACUGGAAGAUCUCGUGAGAGUCCAGAGCAUUAGCUUGACCUGCACUGACUUUAGCAGCAACAGA